AUGUCGUUUUUUGGAUUUGACACCGGUCCCCUACGGGAUCGUGGGCAACAUCCUGCGACAGCCCCAGGCUUUUCCCAGAUCCCAGACCAUUUUGCCUCUAGGCCGAACGACGACGACGAUGACGACGGAAUUGACUUUGAAGACACAUACGACGGUCUCGGCGACGCACUGGAUGAGAAAGAUGACGCUUUCAACGACGAAACCUUCGGUGGUGGGGAUGAUAAGAUUGGCAAAGAUUUCGACUUUCAUGGCCAAACCGCAAAGGUCGCGGACGCAAUGGACGAAGAACACGAAGUGUUUAAUCGUUCCGCCCGGAAGCCAUCGGUAGUUCACUCUGCUUCUACCCAGCAGCAGCAACCUUCCCGACAAGCCCUCCCACCCGCUCAUGUCCCGGCUCUCCGCCCUGAUAUGUCCCUAUGGGGCGGCACUACCAUCUCCUCAACCCCCCCUCCACCUCCAGCGGCAGAAAUCCACCGAGAGCAAACCCCCUCCGCCCGUGCUCCAACACAGAAUGUCAAGAAAUACAUGUCCCUUGAUGAAGUCGAGGCCGAGAUUCUCAUGAGUCAGAAACCCUUAGUUAUGGCGCCGCAGCCAGUAUUUCAGGGUCCUCCGCCACAGCAGGUACACCAGUAUAUUCACCAACAGCCCGAUUUCCACCAAAUCCCACAGCAUGGAGGAUUCAGUAUGCAAAUGCAGAAUAUGCUACGGGGGAGCCAGCAACAACAGCAACAUAUGCAGGCUCCUCAGAUGAUUCACCAGCAGCAACAGCAUCCAGAUCAUUUGCGUGGAAUUCCGACCCCUGUAGGUCCAGCGGGUGGGGCAAGAUUGCCACCGCACGAACAAUUACAGGAACCAAGGAAUGUGUAUGGCAUGGCACCUCAUGCCCCAGCUUCACAACUUCAAAAUAUGUCUGAAAUCGAACGAACAAGGUUUCUGGAGGACGAGAGAAAGCGCUUAAAACGUAACCACAAGAUCGCGCAGUUGGCUCGCUAUAAUGGACUGAUGACACCGAAUGAUAAAAACUUCAUUACAAGGAUCCAGCUACAGCAACUUGUAUCCAUUAACAAUGCCGAUGACGCUGCAAACGAGGACUUUUAUUAUAUCGUGCACAGUGCGAUCCGUGCUAGAGCUAACCCUACCCAGCCAUUAAAUCAGUUUGCUCAAACAUAUCUAUAUCGACAGGGGAGAGGAAACCGGCGUCAGGAUAAUCAUCUCCACCGUAUGGAGCAGCAGGUUCAGCGUGCUGUUGCGGCAGCGAAGGCGAGGCCAAAGGCGUCUCAGUUAGUAUUGGAAGGCAGCUUAGGGAAGAUCAGCUUCAGCAAUGUCAAGACGCCACGUCCAAUGCUCAAUAUCAAGAAGAAUGAAACUGGAGUGGGCGAACAGGUCCGGAAGACCCAACGCUCCACAAUUUCUGGUGCAGGCAAAAAGACACUUCUUCUUACCAUUGAAAAUGUUUAUAACGCCCUUCUCAACCUUGAAUGCCACGAACGCGACCGCGGAAAGCUUCCACCACCCCCAGAGACAAAUAUCCACACUGAAUGGGAAGCAAAGCGACAACUUCUCGUAAGCAAGCUCUGGCAAGAACUCAAGAUUAUGAGCCCUAUCGAUCCAAGCAGCAAUCAAACACAUCCUUUCAUAGCAAUUCUAAGCUACACAAAGAUGAAGCGUGCGAUUCAACGCAUAUUCAGACACCUGGACGAAGAACAACGAGUCACAGUGCUUACGAUGAUUGUGGUCCAUCUUGACAUCCUUGACGUUGUCAAAAACGGCGUGUAUCAGCCUCAUGAAACAACACUUCCGUCUGCAACACGCGAGGAAAUCGAUCUCUUUGCCUCGACAGUAUUGCCAUCCCUCAUAUCCUAUGUGUACGAAGCGCCACUCAGAAUCGUCAUUGGCCUUCUUGGAAUCCUUUUGGAGCGUGUUGAUGUAGUUCUAGUCUCAAAGACAAAAAUCGGGCUCGCAUUUCUCACCAUGUUUUCCUCCAGAGCCGAGAUUGUCAAGCAAUCUGGAAAGGCUAAUGAGAACGAACUUGCUCAAUGGCAAGCAAUGUAUGACCGCCUCUUUGAAACCUUACAAGGGCACUGGAUGGGAUGUUUCCCGCCAAAUGGAAUGGCCGUCGACGAUGUGUAUGUUUGGCAGUUUUUGGCAAGUGUGGCCGUAGGGGCCAGUAUGCCACAGCAGCAGAUGCUUGUGGGCGCUGUGAAGGACCGUGUAAUGGAAAACGUAAUGGCGUCCAAAACACUUCCGGCGGAGAUUGGGACGCAGAAGAGCGCCAAUGUAAAUUUGUUCAUGAGAGCCAUUGGUUUGGAUGUUGAGUUACUUGGAUAG